GGAUCCCUUUUAGUAGUAGUAGUAGUAGUAGUAGUAGUAGUAAUGUACCUGACCCCGGAACUAUUACUGCCUUCCAGGGCGCCCCCGGAUCCUGCCCCCCAUGGCGGCCUCCGGAUCCUGCACCCCGCCCGGCUCCCUGGAGGCCCCGCUCCCCGGCUUCCCUAAGGCCAUCCUGCGGGCCGAGGUGCAAGGCAAGUACCUCUGCUCCGAGUGCGAGGAUCUGCUGCGGAGGCCCUUCCAGGCCCAGUGCGGCCACCGCUACUGCGCCUACUGCCUGAAGAAGCUGGUGGGUUCGGGGCCCCUGCCCUGCGCCGCCUGCCUCCGGGAAGGGCUGUACGAAGAGGGCGUCUCCGUCUUGGACAGCGGCACGGCUUUCCCCGAUAACGCCGCCCGGCGCGAGGUGGAAAGUCUCCCGGCCGCCUGCCUCCGCAAGGACUGCCCCUGGAAAGGGACCGUCAAGGAGUAUGAGGCUCACGAGGAGGCCUGUCCCAAGUUCCCCCUCACCUGCGACGGCUGCGGCAAGACGGACGUCCCGCGGGAAUCGUUCGCCGAUCACGUCCGGAGCUGCGGAAGCUUCCGGGCGCCGUGCCGCUUCCGGCCCGUCGGCUGCGGCGAGGUGCUGGAGAAGGAGGCCCUGCCCCUCCACGAGGCCCAGAACUUUCCGGAACAUCUCGGCCUCCUCCUGGACUUCGCCCUCCGGCUGGGGGCCCCGGACCCCCAUUUCUUCGGGGCCCCCCAUUCGGCCCCAGACCCCUGUUUCUUCGGGGCCCCCGAUCUGGUCCAAGACCCCCAAUCGGCCCAAGAGCCCCACUUCUCCGGGGCCCCCCAUUCGGACAAAGACCCCCCUUUGGCCCCGGACCCCCAUAUCUCCGGGGCCCCCGAUCUGGUCCAAGAGCCCCGUCUGGCCGGGGCCCCCAAUUCGGCCCCCCGUUUAUUGGGGGCCACACCUUCAGCCCAGGACCCCCAUCUAGUUGGGGCCCCCAAUUUGGGUAAAGACCCCCAUUUGCUCCGAGACCCCCAUUUAUGGGGGGCCCCACAUGCGCUCAAGGAACCCCCUCAGGUUGGGGCCCCCAAUUCAACCCAUAUCCUAGGGGCCCCACAUCCAGCCAAGGAACCCCAUUCAGCUCACGACCCCCAUUUCCUGGGGGCCCCACAUUUGGCCCCAGACCCCCAUCCAAUCAGGGCCCCCCAUUCAGCUCCAGACCCCCAUCUGGCCAAAGACCCCCAUUUCCUCGGGGCCCCGGAUCCGUCCCAAGCCCCCCGCUUGCCCCCAGACCCCCAUCUGCCCAGGGGCCACAAUUCAGACCCCCAUGUCCUGGGGGCCCCACAUUCGGCCCCAGACCCCCAUCCAACCAGGGGCCCCCAUUUGGCCCCGGACCCCCGUUCAGCCCCGGACCCCCAUGUCCUGGGGGCCCCACAUUUGGCCCCAGACCCCCAUCCAACCAGGGGCCCCCAUUUGGCCCCGGACCCCCAUGUCCUGGGGGCCCCACAUUGGGCGGCCCUCGAACUCAAGGCCUCCACCCUAGAGAAGAUCGUCUGCGUCCUGAACCGGGAAGUGGAGCGGCUGGCGGCCGAAUCGGCGCAAGAGCGGCGCCGGGAAGAGGAGCGCGCCGAAGCGCUGACCCACAAGGUUCGGGGGGGCCGGGGUCCCGAUCCGGUUCAAGCCCCGAAACUCUGACCCACAAACCGGAGUCAGUCUGAAGCCCCAAAGUGGAGUCAGUCUGGAGCCCCAAAGCGGAGUCAGUCUGACGCCCCAAAGAGGAGUCAAAGUGGAGUCAGUCUGAAGCCCCAAAGCGGAGUCAGUCAGGAGCCCCAAAGCGGAGUCAGUCUGGAGCCCCAAAGCGGAGUCAGUCUGAAACCCCAAAGCGGAGUCAAAGUGGAGUCAGUCUGAAACCCCAAAGCGGAGUCAGUCUCGAGCCCCAAAGGGGUGUCAGUCUGGAGCCCCAAAGCGGAGUC